UUUCAUUUUGCUUGUUGUUCUCAUUCGAUCCAAUCUAUUCUCAAAGCUGAGAAAGAAGGAGUGUGCUUCUCCGAGAUUACAAGGCUCGAACCUUGUGUCAUUUACCCGAUUAUGGAAUUGGGGCCGAGGAACGGGCUAGCAUUUAUCCGUAUAUAUGAUGUUAUUGGGAUGAAGACAAAAGCAAGCUUUGGGGGCAAGUCGGGCCAAGGUGAACCCAUUGAAGAUGAGGAGGCGGCCCAACUGGGCGAUAAUCCAAUUUGGUGGGCUAGUGCAUGUUCAGCCCAUUAUCUUAUCAGUAUUAUUAUUACCAUUUUGCUUUAG